AUGGCUGCGCCCAUGAAGCGACGCAAAGUUGUCGGUGCAAAGGAGAGUAUUGUUUUUCCUAUUAAGUUUCCAGAAAUUUCCAUAUUUAUUGUCGAUAUAAAAAUACAGCGUAUACGUUGCGAGCAUCUAAAGAAAUUAGCAAGAAAAAAUGGCUUCCCAGUGUCUGAAAAAUUAGACGAGUCAGUCACCCACAUAGUUUCCGAGCUUGAGACAAGAGAGGAAGUUUUAGAGAUUUUGGAACGAUCAACCGAUGUGAACGUUGGUCUCCUGUUGGAAAAUGCAGAGAUUGUUUCCAUGCGCUGGUUCUCGUCUUGCAUGGAGGAAGGGGCACCAGUUGAGGUAACGCAGGAACACCAGCUGAAAGAGGCAGACAAAAAGGUGACGCCCUUAUGCUCGUGCCCAGCACCCACAAAGGCAGAGUAUCAAGAUGCCAAGUUCAGCUGUCAGAGAAGAACACCAUUGUAUCAUCACAACAAGAAACUCACUGAUGCAUUGGAGACUCUUGAGAAACAAGCAGACUUCCUUGGUGGUGACCAGAAUGCCUCAAGGGCACUUGCCUUCCGCAAGGCAUCUGCUGCCCUCAAAGCCCUGCCAAGGCCAGUCAGGAGCAUGCGUGAAGUGGAAAACUUGAACGAUCUUAAGGGUGGGAAACACUGCAAGAGACUUAUCCAGGAGAUUCUUGAGGAAGGAUUCUCAUCGGAGGUGGAAGGAAUCUUAGAUGACGAAUGGUUCAAGACCAUGAAGAUUUUCACUGGUGUGUUUGGUUGCGGUACUGCAACCGGCAGGAAAUGGUACGAUAUGAAGUUGAGGACACUUGAUGAUGUCAAACGAUGUCCGCAUGUCACCUUGACAACUGAGCAGAGAUACGGUAUAGAUUUGUAUGAUGAUAUUAACACACCUGUGAGCAGACAGGAAGCUAACGUCAUUCAGAAGAUUGUGGCAGCGGAAGCAGAGAAGAUAUUGCCAGGGACUACAGUCACAAUUACUGGUGGCUUCAGUAGGGGCAAGGCGACGGGGCAUGAUGUCGACCUUCUCAUUUCACAUCCAAUGGAGGGUAAAGAGAAGGGUCUCUUAGCCAUGAUUCUCAACGCUCUACAGAAGAGACAACUCUUGGAGUAUACUGAUGUUCAAAAUAGCUCCUACAGCGAGGCAGCUAUAAGACAGGUGAGGCGCAAUCUUACCAUGGACCAUUUCGAACGAUGCUUCAGCAUUUUCCGACUGCCAAAACAUCUUAAAAAUGGAGCGGUCGAUACCAAGCUGAGACAACAUAGAGCAGGGUGUAAAGACUCUGAUUCAAGAAGUGAUGAGGAGGGAGUGACUGCAGCCGAACUUCAAACUGUCGAUAGAGCGAGGAGAGUGGUUGAUGUGCUGGGGGACGUAGUUGUGAUGGAUAUGACGAAAAGAAGUGGAGAUGAUGUUGAGACGAGGCUUUGCUCAUCAGUUGGGGCAUCAGAGGAGAGAGGAGCCCGGGAGGGAGAAAGUGGUCUACAGUUUAGGAACGCUGAGACAGCUUCCCUGGCAGGCACUCGAUGGAGUGACAACAAAAUACCCAGUGAUGCAGUUCUGAUGGUAACGCCUCGUGACAGUGAGCAAACCUGCAGAGACAGAGACUUGGAUGGAGGAUUGACCAGAAGCGAUUGGGUCGCUCGGCGCGUCGAUUUCAUCAUUACGCCGCAGAGUCAGUACGCUUAUGCCCUUUUGGGUUGGAUCGGGUCGCGGAUGUUCAACCGAUCAAUCCGGGAUUAUGCAAAUAAGGAGAUGAACAUGACGCUGACGAGCCAUGGGUUGUUCGACAAAGUCAACAAUAAAUUUCUUCUUGCGGAGAACCAAAAGGAGAUAUUUGAGCACCUGAAGCUGGAUUACAGAGAACCACAUGACCGCAACUGCUGACUUUCAAUUAAGAAAUAUCCUCAUAAUUCCACAACCAGGUCAACAUCACACGAACUGGCUCCACUGAUUACCGGAAUCCAGGAGCGGCACUGAACUAGUUUUUCUUUGAUGGUUUAUGCAAGAAUAGUUUAAUGUAAGUGAUGUCUGAAGCUUUGCAUGGUGUGGAGAAUAAGAAUUAAAUAUAAAUAAUAGUACACUAACAGGUACAACCGUGUCUCUUUUGAGGAGGUGAUGGCUCUGAAAAGAGCCGGUUUAGUCUCGUCGUUUCAAACGGUAUACUCUGCUCGCUUUCAGGGAAAAGCCAACACUCCCUCAAAAGAGAUUCGUUACAUGGUUGCACUCGCAAGUUAACUAUUAUUUAUGUUUUUUUCAUCAGCAUGUUAAGUAUUGUACUUGGCUGUUAGUAAUUACAGAAGUUCUUCAAAGAUGCAAAGUCUUCUCAGAAAUGUUAGUUUUCUGCCAUAAGAAAUGCAAUUGAACGAUAAAACAGGUGAUUUUGUGAGAGCUCGAUGGUUUGAGGGAAUAGGGGGUUAGAUUUGACAAAUGGGGGAAUUGUUUAAAAUGACCUGCAGGCAUCCUUUUUCUAGUACUUGUACUUUCUGUAUCUUCAGAAAUACAAAACAAAACUACAGACUAUUUCUUUCUCCCGUUGGUGAUUGUUUUACUUCUUUCAAGACAAAAUUUGAAAACUCAAGGGGAUGUUGAAAAAGUCCGGAACUCAAGAAGUUCAUGAAUUUUCUAAUACAAUGAAAUAUAUGAAUAUAUAUCAAUGAAUUUAGUUUUGCAAACUAAUUUAGCAACCAAUAAUUAAAGUAUUCUGGUUGAAUCCUGGCAAUCCUUUUUCCAACUUUAAAGUAAUGUAUCAAAGUCUAUAGACAUUUUUUUGAAAAAAAUGAGAAGAAUUGUAGAUAUGGUGAAAUUUUUCUGAAUAAAAUUAAUGUUAUGCAAAGUCUAUGUAAGAAAACUAAGCCCUUUAAUUUGCCCCUUCUAAAGGAACCAAAACAGUCUGACCACAUUUCUUAUGCAGUGUUUGGUGUAAGAGGGUCAUUCAGAAUAGUCAAUAUUAAAACAGUUUGAUUUUGUUACAAAAAUUGAAAAAAUCA